UCUCUAUGUGUUUCUCCGUUACGUCUGAUUCAUCUAGACUCGUUACUACAGAAUGGAUGAUGCUACCAAGGAUAAAAAAAUCAUCGAGGUCGACUUUGGCGAAGUUGCAGUUGGCGUUACCAAAAUUAAAUCAAUCAAAAUCGUUAAUAACAGCAACAAUGAACAAACGUACGUUGUUCAACGAGACUUCAUGAGUAAUCCAUUAGACCAAGUGUUCAAUGCGAUUGAUUAUACCUGGUCGUUAAUGCCAUGCGAAUCUUACAUGUGUGAUAUUAGUUAUCGGCCGAUUUUACCGAGCUACAAGUACACCGAUUAUUUUUUUAUCAUAGACACUUAUAAUUGCUGCUACAAAGUUAUCGUUCGUGGAUCUUCUGCUGCCGUGAAUGUCGUAAGUUCCUGCACGAGACUGAUCAUAACUUCCGAUAAAAAUUGCUCGGCUACAAAGUGUAUCAAACUUAUCAACCAUGCGAAAAUACCGGCAAUGUUUACGUUUGACGUUGACGUUAAUCAGUGCCCUUUUAAAAUCAACGAAUUGAGUGGUAUUAUCAAACCAUUAUCGGACAAAAUAAUUGAGAUAUCGUUUCACUCCGUCGCUAAUGGGAUUUACAAAUAUUAUAUGCCUUGUCUUAUCUUGCACCAAGAUCCAAUUAUUUUUGAACUUUACGGACUGUGCGAUUUGAGUCAGCACGAGAUACGCAACAUUUUUUCAAUCGUUGAGAAAAUUCCAGAAUUAGAUCGAGCAAGAAGCUUUAUAAAUUAUAUGAAUGAUACUACGACCAUUGUUAAAGAUGAGCCACCAACUGUAUCGUUAUCUUGGAGUUUUGUUGACUUUGGAGAAGCUAAAGCCGGACCAAAUAAUUUCGCGAAGAGAGCUCCACAAACUGUUUGUUUGACUAAUAAUAGCAGAUUUGACGUUCUUGUUUUAUGGGAAAAAGACAAAUCAGGCAUAUUUAAUAUUCAACCACAAGAAGCUAAAGUCAGUGAAAAUAAAUCAGUUAUUUUCGAAGUUCGUUUCGAUCCCACGGAUCAAUGUAAAUUCUAUUGCCGAGAAUUAUUGGCCCGAAUCUUUAGAAUACCUUGUUGCACAAUCAAUUCUCAGAUAUCCGACAAUUUACUUUCGGAAAUCGUCCCAGACUUCACCUCGAUUCGAUUGAUGGGACAUUCUUAUGACCACGGUUUGAAUGACUGGAUACCACAGUACGAGAUUCCGGAAACAAUGACAAUGCCACCCUGUGUGCCGGCACUGCCCGUUUACAGCACUUUUAUUAUGAGAAACUUUGGCCAGCAACCUCUUAUGUUCCACUUCAUUCCACCGAAAACUACUCAUUUUAGUAUAAAGCCUAUGAUGGGACUCAUCACGCGUAAGCAGGAGUACCAAGUUAUCGUCGUGGAAUUGUUCCCCGAGGCAUGCGCUGACCCCGCAUACGUGGAACGAUGGGCUAUUCGUUUGAACGGCAACUCAAAAAAUGAAAUCUAUUUAGAUCUGCAAGGUUUCGCAGAGCAAGGGAUUUUGGUAUUCGGCGAUGAAAACUUUGUGACUUUCGAUCCGGUGCAUUUUGGUUGUAAGCAGACGCGAGCUGUUUCUGUGCGCAAUCUUAGCCGGCACCUCGUCAGAUUUGAAUAUUUUACUGACUUGCCGAAAGAGUUGCUUAUCUCACCGAUGAUGGGAAUCGUUUAUCCAAACGAAACAGUUUUUCACAACUGGACUUUUAUGCCUAAUCAAUUGAAAUUCUACGAGUUCGACGUGUCUUGCCACACGACUACUAACGUCGGUAACAGACGCUGCAUUACGCAAAUAGAAACUUCUGCUAGCUGUACAGAAGGCUCUCUUAUGGCCAUGCCUGAAGAAUUGAAUCUCGGAAUGAGAAUCUACAAAGAAAAUUGCGAAAUAGAUUUUCGUAUUUUCAACUUCAGUCCCGUUAAAAUUCAUUAUCAAUUGAUCUGUCGUCCAUUGAAAAGUCUCGAUAUGAUGGAAAGUCCCGAGAAAGAUUUGAAAAUAUUACCGAGUCACGGUAACAUUGCCCCUGGAAAAGCAGAGGGAAUUAAAGUUGUUUUGAAUCCCAAGUGCGUAGGCUUAUACGAGUUAACUAUCGAUUAUUUGAUGAUAUCAAACGCAUCAGAUGAUGUUAUAUUACCUUUAGCUGAUUCUAAAAGCCUAUGUCGCCUAACUUGUAUGUGUUAUUUACCGCAACUGAAGGUAAAGGAUUUAUUAUAUCGAGUUGACGCUAACGUCGGAAUCAGUAAGAUUUCCCUUUGGAAAUCUUUGUGCAUAGACGGUUUGAAUUCAGCUUUGAAAGAAUCACAACCGAACGUGGAGAGUUUGAUUUAUAUGAAGGUCCCACCUAUUGGUCCAGACGAAACGCUGACUGUGAAACUUUUGCUGAUCAAUUUGAGCCCAACUGAUAUCUUAUGGAAUUUGAAGAAAAAGAAAACAUGCUUCUGCAAUGAGUCAACAGCCAAAACGCGACCUAUUGUCACGAGGAAUUCGAAAAGUCAUUGCACCAAUUGCGUUGACGAUCCAUCGAUAGAAAUCUACCCUAAUCAAAUGAAAUUACCGGCUGGUGAAACAUGUAUUUUAACGAUAAAUAUCAAAAGCUGCCCACAGCAUCCUUCGGGAGUUUAUUGGAAUUUACAUAUUGGCAAUGAAAGGAUCAUCACUUUAAAUAUAAAUUUUGAAUGUUCUUUUAUUUUGCCAAGUCCUUAUUUAAAUUUUAAGACUGUUGACAUCAAGGAAUUGCCUACAAUGUGCUAUCAGACGAUCUGUUUGCAUAACAACUCGGAGAAUGAAGUUUCUUACGUAAUAAAAACUAAAGCUCUUAAUUAUCUUAACAAAAGGAAUUACGCAAUUAUUUUUACCUGCUUGAAUCCAGAAGGCACGAUUCAAGGCUGGGAACGGAAGCCAGUAUUGUUUGGUUUCUGCCCGAAUAAAUUUGGCAAAUUUGAAACAAUGUUGCCGAUACAAUUAGGCGACAAGCAAUCGACAGUAAAACUACAAGGCGAGUGCACGUGUACUUUAAACAGGAAUAACGAGCAUGAAACGUGUCCUCAAUCUGACGUCUUUAAGGCGUCCGAUAUAAUUGCAUAUUUUAGUAGCGAUUAUCUCAGUCUACCGCCUAUAUCAAUGCACAGCAAAAUAAAUCGAAUAAUUAUGUUACACAAUCAUCAUCGUUACCAUGUCUUUAGCUAUGAAUGGAAAACUUGUGAAAUAGCAAAAGUCAUUAAAGUUAAGAUAGAACCAACGUCCGGCCUGAUACAGCCGCAAAGCAUUCUAACAUUCGUGAUUCAAGUCUGGGCUUAUUCUUACGAAUGUCAUUUAGAGGUUGAUGUGCAUUGUCAUUUUGUUGAUGUGACUGAAAAAAAUUUGGCGAAAAGGAAACAAAGAGAACAAGAAUGUCUUUUGAAAGGCAUGGAUGGCAAAUUUAUGAUAAACGAAAAAGGCCUUAGUUAUCCGAGAAUGCCUGUUUUUGAUCCUAUAAAAAAGCCUUCAACCUUUUGGAAAGCUCUAACUCUCAAGAUAGACAUUCACAAUUUUUACGAUGUCAACGGAAACGUUAACGUUGAGCAACAAUUAAAAUCUACUCCGGCUAUUGAAGAGACUAAUUGUGACUGCAUGCCAAAUAAGAAAUUACCACCAGAUAUUGUUCAUAUGUCUGCUUCGAUAAUUGAAAAUGUCGUGUGGGAAAUCAUUAAUAACCGAUGCUUCUUCAAACUGAUCGAAGAAUAUUUAAUGAAAACGCAUAAACUAAAGUAUUCUAAUUUGCCAACUUAUUUUGAAAAUAGAAAUGAAAAUUAUUUGCAGCCUAAACGAUUAAAUUGGGUUCCUUCAAAGAAGCUUACGAGUGAUAUAUUGCGAAAUAUGAUAUGCAUGAUUACUCACGAAGAAUUCCAAUUUGACACUUCACACUUUUCGCAUCCACCUGAUAUCAAACAAAUUUCGUAUACAUGAAAAUUUGCAUGGGAGCUUUUUACAAGAAACACCAAAAAUAAUUUAGUAGAGUAUAAAUAAAAAUUUUGAUUUCAUUAAAAAUUAUUUUAUAAUAAAAAUUAUAUUAUUAAAAUGCCAAUAUAUCAAAAAAUGAACUCAUUAAUAAAAAAUAUUACUCGCGAU